AUGUCAGCAUUGCUGCAAGCCACAGAUGGAAACUCUGAAGGUAUACAGGCAAGAGCUCUGGCAGGGACACCCAGUACUGAGAGUGGAGGAGAGACUGGUGAGAUUUCUCAGUGCAAAUCUUUUGAUUCCAGUUGUGAGGAUGAAGCAAACUUGGGGAAAAAGAAACCACGUCGGCAGAGGACCCAUUUCACCAGCCAGCAGCUACAGGAACUGGAGGCCACUUUCCAGCGGAAUCGCUAUCCGGACAUGAGCACCAGGGAGGAGAUUGCAGGCUGGACCAAUCUGACAGAGCCCAGGAUCAGGGUUUGGUUUAAAAACCGCAGAGCCAAAUGGCGGAAAAAGGAGCGGCAUCAGCAGACAGAACUAUGCAAAGGGACUUUUGGCUUACCACUCAACGGCUUGUCCGGAAGCUCUUACGAGGACCUCUACCCGAGCUACACCUACAAUAACUGGACCCCCAAAGGGCUGCACACCACCCCCAUCCAUGGCAAAGGGUUCCAGAUCUUCAACUCUAUGAACCUCAAUUCCUUUCCAAACCCCACUGUCUUCCCUGCAGCUGCAGCAGUCUCCAUGUCUGGUGUGCCAUCUCUGGAAACCUUUAAUAGCCUGGCAAGCCCUUCUGGGCCUCCUGGUUCAACAUACGGACCAGGUGCACCUUCACCAUACAUGUACAGGGACCCCUGUAACCCAAACCUGGCUGGUCUGAGAUUCAGAGCAAAGCAGACACAGCCUCCUCUAGGCUACGUUGUCCCUCAAAGUCCAGUUAUAAGCCCCAGUUCCAGCCACUAUAAUCUGGACAGGCCAGUGUGA